CGCUUCUAAAAAGAAGAAGGCUGUCAGCUAAAAGUGCAUCGUUUGAACUGCCAAAAAGCUGCUUUCAAAAAUGCCUCCAAAAAUCAAGCGGACAAUGUAUUUUCUGGAUUCUUUUGAAAAUUUCUCCGAUUCUGGUUCUUUUAUUGUUUCAUACAAUAGUGAUAAUGAGGACGAUGACCCUUUCAUUUGUUCUAAAGAAAUUGAGAAUGAUCAACGUUUGGAAGAAGUAUUGGUAAAAUCCAACAAAAACCGUUGUCAUUCAAAACGUCGUUAUUUCUGUACUGUUCCAUUUUCAAAAAUUAGAAAGGAUAAAAAAGAGAUAUCUUUUGAGGAAGAAGACGAAAUGUUCUACAAUCGCCAAUUUUCUUCUUUUGAUGAUCAACAACAAUAUCAAAAAGAAUUUUUGAAUUAUUCAUCUUUUGAUCAAAAUUUUGGAUUUGAUUUAAAUAAUCUAACACAUUUACAUUAUCAACAUUUCAAUCCCUCUGAUCAAUUCCAAUCAUCAUUUGAUCUCUCUUUAAGUUCAACAACUUCUUGUACGUCACUUGGUACCUCUUCAGGACUUCCAUCACCAAAUGAUUACUUUCCUGUCAACCAACAUCAAGUGAUUUUGAUGGAUACAAACAGUGCAUAUAAUUACGCUGCUAUUAAUUAUACUAAUAAUAAUUCUACAACAUUCAACUCCUUGUCAGAAGCAUCAAAUCCACAAACAAUUAAUUCAAGUUGUGGUUGUCCAGUUAAUACUAUAAAAUAUGAAUAUGAUAACGGCAAUAUCAUUUCUUCAUCAAUUAGUCCAGCAACUUUUCAAGUAGCAAUACCGCAACAGAUGCCUUUUCAAACUACCAACAUUUUUCAAAGCAAUAAUACCUCUUUGGCACAUCAACAAGUCACAAAUGGAAAUGAAAGGCUUAAGGAUAAGGAAAAAUCGCUUGUAAAUACGCCAAACAAUGAUUUUUCAAAUGUAAAUGUAUCCUUAUUCUUCCAACAAACUGGAGACGAUUUUGAAGUUGCUGAUGAUAAAGACAACAAUGAUUUUUAUGUUACUGGACAACAACAACAGCUACUUUGCAAUGAAGGGUUUCCUUUGGAAUUGGAAAAUAAUAUUUGGGAUAAUUGUGAGCAAGAACAAAAAGAAGAAGAAGAAUCUAACUCUCAUUUCCUAACGAGCUGUAAAAAACCGAAGGAUCAAAUUUAUGAUAGACAAUCAAUGGAUAAUUCAACAUCUUUGGAAACAGACAAUGGAGAAAUUGAUACAUUGAAAUUAGCACAGCACAUUAGCCAAGAAUUGAAAAAAUACUCUAUUCCACAAGCCAUUUUUGCACAACGAGUACUUUGCCGUUCUCAAGGCACUCUUUCCGAUUUGUUGCGUAACCCAAAACCUUGGUCAAAAUUAAAAAGUGGUCGCGAAACAUUUCGUCGGAUGGCUGAAUGGCUUCAGGAACCAGAGUUACAACGAAUGUCGGCACUUCGUCUAGCAGCCUGUAAAAGAAGAAUAGAUGAGCCUUUAAUAGAAGAACCAGAACGACCGGAUGCAACAACAAAUGAUCCCGGAAGGACCCAAAUUGAGGAAAAUAGAAUUCAGUCGCAGAAAAUUGGACAACGGCAACGAAAAAGACAGCGUUUUGUUUUUACCGAAGAGCAAAGAAAAACUUUACAGGCAGUUUUCAACGAACACAAGCGACCAUCAAGAGAAUUACAAAUACUUGUUUCUCAACAACUUGGAUUUGACUUGACAACCGUUUCCAACUUUUUUAUGAAUGCUCGCAGACGAGGACAUGCAAACCGAUCGAAUAAUAUAGUUAAUUCAAAUUCUCUAGUUGAAAAGAAUAAGUAUGAAGCCACAUCUCCUUCAUGGACUCAGUGUUGUUCAUCAAUUUUAAAUGGGGAAAAUAGUCAAAAAGAGACACCCCAAAGAUUUUUGAUAAGUUUAGAGGAUGAAUUAGUAACUCCACAGCUAGAUUUGUUUAUAAAUUAA